AUGCGCACUUGGGUCGGGGUGUUGCUGCUGGCGCAGCUGUUGGUGCGAGCUGAACUAGAGAUGCAGGACUUGAAAGGUCAGGACCUGCUGUUUCCAGGGCCAUGUGGCCACCCAAACAUCCACCCGCUCGUAACAGGCGGAAAAGACUCUCUUCACGGGCGCUGGCCGUGGCAGGCCAGCCUGCGCUUUUCUAAAGGCCACACCUGCGGAGGGAGCCUGCUCAACCGUCGCUGGGUGCUCUCGGCUGCGCACUGCUUUGAAAAGCACAGGGAUCCCUCGGAAUGGAUGGUUCAAUUGGGUGAGCUGUCUGCCCAGCCACCUUUCUGGAACCUGCGGGCCUUCUACCAUCGUUACAAAGUGCAGGACAUUUUUAUGCACCCCUAUUUCAGGGGGUUUUUACUCAAUGACAUUGCUCUGCUGAGGCUGUCCUCCUCUGUCACCUACAAUAAGUACAUCAAGCCCAUUUGUGUUCUGGCCUCUUCUGUCGACUUCCAGAACCGGACUGACUGCUGGGUGACCGGCUGGGGGCAAAUCCGUGAGGAUAUGGAGCUGCCAUCUCCCUACAUGCUCCAGGAAGUGCAGGUCUCCAUCAUAAACAACUCCAGGUGUAACCAAAUGUUUCAACGGCCCAAUAGAAUCCAGGAAGACAUGAUUUGUGCUGGCUUUGAGAAUGGCAGCCGCGAUGCUUGCAGAGGUGACUCAGGUGGACCCUUGACCUGUGAAGAGAAUGGGCGGUGGUAUCAGAUUGGAAUCGUGAGCUGGGGAAUAGGCUGUGGUAGGCCCAACCGGCCUGGUGUCUACACCAAUGUCAGUAGGUACUUCACCUGGAUCCGGAUGAUCAUGGCCCACAGCACACCCAGGCCAGACCCCUGCCCACUGCUGCUGCUCCUUGUUCUGCUCUGGGCUGCUCUCCUUGUGCAGCUGGCCUGAGCACAGCUGAGCCUGUGAGGGUACAGUAGUUACUACAACACUGGGCACAUUCACCCAGGGCUGUGGGCACCCCAGUGGCAGGACACUCUGCUAGAUCAGGCUCUGGUCCCUUUCAGUGUCAUUUGCUAAUAAACACAUGUGCAUGUUCAAACUGAUGCCUUGCAGAGCAUUCCGUGGACUCAGGUGACUUCCUGGACACCCUCGUGGUCACCUGUGUCCCAUUCACCCCAAGACCACUCCCUAACUCCUAAAUCUUUUUCCACCCAUCUGUACUAUACAGGUUUGGGUUGCAAACAGCAGAAUCCUCUUGGGUUCGUUCAACUAGAAAGAUAAUUUAUGAAAGGACAUUAGUAGCACCAGGGUCCCUGGAGGCUAGGAAGGCUGGAAUGGGGGUAUAGUGGAGGAAAAACCCCUGAACACCCCACUUCUCAUGCUGGUGUCCCCAUCACACAGAUGUCAGGGGCUCCUGGUCUUACUCUGGUCCCCCAAAGGCCAACCUGAGACCAGGACAGGGGUGUAUUUUAUUUGGGAGGUGAUACCAAGAAGCCCUGGUGAGGAGGGAAACUGAGGCAGGGAAGGAAGAACCUGAUGACAUUUGCCUGAAUGAGGAGGUUACUGUUGUGGGCAACUGAGUGAGGUGCAGUCCCAUGGGGGCCCUCUGAAAAAUCAUGGGGAACGCAGCCCUGCAUUGGGCCUCUGAAAGACAAGGAUGCUCGGUGUGGGCACUUCUCUCCUGACUCCCAUGGGUUGAGGGUGUCCUGAGGGCAUGGGUGCUCCAAGCUGGAGCAGGCCCCCGUGAGAAUGUCAGCACCUAGGGAGCUGCUGCAGCACCAUAAUGUAGCUUAGUGGUAGAAGAUGGC